UCCUUGAUUUGGUCAUCCUAUGCAAAUCGGACCUUUUAGACACCCGCCAUGUAUGAGUGCAACAUUUGCUUCGAGUCCGCCUCGGAGCCGGUGGUCACACGCUGUGGCCACCUGUUCUGCUGGAAGUGCCUGCACCUUUGGCUGUCCGCCCCACGCAGGUCCAGCCUGGGGAAUUUGCAGCCCAGCAACGGCUGGAGCAGCUGCCCCGUGUGCAAGGCGGCGGUGUCGCAGCAGACGGUGACCCCGGUCUACGCGCGUGACGGCAGCGGCACGGAGGAGGCGCCGAGGGAUGGGAACUUGCCGCCUCGCCCACCAGGCGAGUGGCAAGAGCCGGAGACGUCGGAGGCGGAAGCCUUCGCCUACGGCGGCACAGCUGCCAGGUACAGCUUCUCCGCGGGCUAUGGCCAGUUUCCGGUGGUCUGCGCCCUGGCGCUGGCCAGCUACGGGCGCCCCCCCGUGACCCGACGAGCUGCGGUGAUCUUUGGGGCCCUCACACUUGUAGCUGUGACGUCGAUCGUGCUCAUUUAGCUGGCAUGCUGGACGUACAUCGUGUCACCUCUGUGUCCCUGGCUUCCAUUGCUAUCAAACAUGCAAUGGGUCAGUGGGUUUGAGAUC